GAUUCGUAUCUAUGCAUGAUUUUGAUGAAACAUUUAAUGACGUGUGAUCUUGACAGUUUUGUAUUAUCACACUAUAAUCAAACUUCUUGUUUAUCUUAUUGUUAGAAAAUUAUAUUGUUAUUUUAUGUUAUUAAUAUAUAUUACGUGUCACAUUCUAGCGUUAAAUUAAUUAAGAGAUAAAUUCUUAACUUGGGAGGUUGCAAAUUAGCCGUCACAACGGGGAUCGAACAGUCAGCUAUGUCCGUCUCUCAGAUGGAGAAGAAUUUAUUCAAUUUGAAGUUCGCUGUAAAAGAAUUAGAAAGAAAUUCGAAAAAAUGCGAGAAAGAAGAGAAAAUAGAAAAAGCCAAGGUGAAGAAAGCAAUCCAAAAGGGAAAUAUGGAGGGUGCAAGAAUACACGCAGAGAAUGCGAUUAGGCAAAAAAAUCAAGCUCUCAAUUAUCUGCGUAUGAGUGCUAGAGUUGAUGCAGUUGCAAGUAGAGUACAAACAGCAUUAACAACGAGAAAAGUAACGCAAUCUAUGGCUGGUGUGGUCAAAGCAAUGGAUGCCGCUAUGAAGUCGAUGAAUUUAGAAAAAAUAUCUGGUCUUAUGGACAAGUUCGAAAGUCAAUUUGAAGACUUGGAUGUUCAAAGUUCUUACAUGGAAAAUGCUAUGUCCCAAACAACAACAACUAAUGUACCACAAAAUGAUGUCGAUUCGUUGAUGCAGCAAGUUGCUGAUGAAGCUGGACUUGAAUUAACUAUGGAACUUCCACCGGGACAAGAAGGAAGUAUUUCAAGUAAUGUAUCUGUAACUCAAGAACAAGAUGAGCUUACACAACGGUUGGCACGUUUAAGAGAAUAAUAUAUAUCUACUUUGUGUAAUAAAAAUGUUAUAUAUCUAUGCAAUUACAAAGAAACAGAUAUUAUUGAUAAAAUCGGUCUUAAUAUUCUGUAUUUUAAUGGUAUUAAUAUCAAAUGUUAGUUACAUUGUCAGAUACAUGUAGAUAUAUAAAAUAAUACUAAUCGCAUCUCCGAUAUACACAAGUUAAAACGUCGGUGUAACUAACAGCUAUUAUUAUCUAUUAUAAUUUAAUCGUUUCUAUGUUAUAUAUGUUUUUAUAUUUGUAACAUAUUUUUAUUACAUAAAGUAUUUUUCUUCUUG